CGGUGGCAGCUCCUUCUCAGGGAGUCCAGCCUGCUCCGCUCUGUGGAGUCUCAGCACGUGCAAACGUUUACUUCCAUGUUUUUGUUUUUGUCCCCUCAAUGUGACAUUUUAAUCCGUGUGUCUCCCCCAUUUUGAACAAACAGAAAAGGUUUGUUGAACAACUUCCUCGGGCUCCCAACUGCUGCGUUCAAGGAGCCUCCAGAGCUCUUGUCUUCAUCAUGGGCAUCAAAGCUGCUCUUCCCAAGUAUGAGAUCUUUUUCUACAACACCGUGUUGUGUCUCGCCAUGUUCUGGGCUGCCAGCUGGAUCUUUGAGGUGUCCAGUUCCAAUGUAAACAGAAAGACGUUCAAAACCAGCGUGAAGCCAGGAUGGUACUACUUUGGAAGGAAAAUGGACACGGCUGACUUUGAGUGGAUGAUGUGGUUUUCCACCUACAGAGACCACAUCCUCUUCGCUCUCUCCGGUCAUGUGCUGUUCGCCAAGAUCUGCUCCAUGCUCGCUCCACAGUACAGGUCCUUGGUGUACAUGAUGUAUGGUCUGCUGGCUGUGUGGACCAGUAUGGGCUGGACUUACGUCACCCUCAUCUUAUCCCACUGUAUCCUGCUCUACAGUAUCUCCUUAGUGAAAAUCCGCUGGCUUUGCUUCAUCACUGGCCUCUGCACACUCGCUACGUUCAAGUGUGAACCCUUUGUGUCCUGGCAGGCAGGUUUUGUUGAAGGAGACUUUGAGCUGCGUCAUGUUCUCUUCUACGGAGGUUGUGGUUUCACAAUCAUGCGCUGUAUGAGUUUUGCUCUUGAGAACUGUGAAAGGAAAGACGGGAACUACAGCAUCCUGGAGCUGCUCAAGUACAACUUCUACCUCCCUUUCUUCUACUUUGGGCCCAUCAUGACCUUCGAUAAAUUUUAUGUUCAAGCCAACAGGUCUGACCUGACCAGGAAAGAGCGGGAGAUGUGGAACAUCAGCCUACAGGGAGGAAUCCACUUGGGAGUCAUCAUUGUCAUAGACGUCCUCUUUCACUUCAUGUACAUCCUCACCAUACCUGCCGACAUGAAGCUGCUGAAGCACCUCUCAGACUGGGCUCUAGUGGGCCUGGCUUACUUUAACUUGGUGUAUGACUGGGUCAAAGCGGCUGUCAUGUUCGGAGUCAUCAACACAGUGUCCAGACUGGAUCACCUGGAUCCGCCCAAACCACCGAAAUGCAUCACGAUGCUCUACGUGUUUGCUGAAACGCAUUUUGACAGAGGGAUCAACGAUUGGCUGUGCAAGUAUGUAUAUGAUUAUCUGGGUGGAAAGCAUGACAACGUGGUGGAGGAGCUGAUCGCCACACUGUGCACCUUCGCUGUCACCAUCCUGUGGCUGGGACCCUGUCAGGUGGUCAUGAUCUGGGCUUUCUUUAACUGUUUUGGCCUCAACUUUGAGCUGUGGACGGCCAAAUUCUUCGCCAUGGAGCCGUUUACCUCUUUUGAGUUGGCAAUGUCGGAAGCAAUGUCCCGUCGCAUCCGAGCCGUCUUCAACAGUUUCAACUUCUGGAGCAUUGUGCUGUACAACAUUCUGGCCCUGAACAGUUUGGACUUCGCCAAGUUGGUCACCAAACGGCUGCUUCUUAAAGGCUUCCCUAUAACCACCAUCAUCGUCAUGUUUGUGACCUACUGUCUGAUUCAAGUGAUCAAGGAGCGAGAGAGGAGACAGGCUCUCAUUGAUGAUCCUGAUCCACUCCCGCCUCCUCCUCCUCCGAACGCUGCCCCCCACCCCGCCGCCCCUGCAGCUGCACCCGCUGCCCCACAGCCAGUCGCAGAUCCGAGCAAGGAGAAAGCAGAGUAGAUAAUUAAAGAAGAAUGUAACAGCCUAGUAGUGACUGGUGUCCAGAUGCUACCAGUAUUAUUGCCUGUCUAGAUUUUAUAACACUUUGAAUGGAUGUAGAACACAGCAUUUACUGUAAAUAAAGUUUACAUCAUUCAACAGUAUUUUUACCUAAAGGAGAGUUUAUACCUUAAUGCAAAGCAUUCACUAAUAUGUAAUGUAAUAUAAUGUACAGUACACCUGUAUAUUGUCCAGGAGCCAAUGAAAACAGCUAACAAGAAAACACUGUAGGGACUGUGAUUUCCUGAUACCUGAUCUUUACUAUCAUGCAAGAAAUAAACUGCAAAGAUUUGUUCAAAGCA